AUGCCUCACUUGCUCGAUCUACCCGACGAGAUCAUCCUGCACAUUUUGUCUGCGUGUGCCGAGGAAAGAGAUGCCCGCCAUCGAAUGAGCUUCUCAUCCUCUGGCCGUCAGACCAUUCUUAAUUUCGCCAAGUCAUCCCACCGUGCUUUCAGCCUCGCUGAACCCUUCCUGUACAACACUAUCACGCUGAGGAAAGGCAUCGAAUUCAGUCCUGCCUUCAAAUCUUUCAAGCAACGCCUCUUAGACCAGCCCGGUCGCAACGAACAUGUCAGCGAUGUAGCCCUGGUCCCUGCCGAGGGGCCUACCGAUCCCGAUUUCUGGACUUGGGCGAGCUUCGUUGCUAUGCUGCCCAAACUUGAACAUCUAUUUGUAGAAGUGCCAUUCACACAGGCGGACGCGAUUGAUGACGAAGAAACUGGGGAAUACGUGUCCCCUUUCUGGACCGCGUUCAAGAAUACCUUCAGUUCUAAGCAGUCGGGCACGGUACCACACACAAAAGUACCUGCAUGGGCGAGCCACCUCACUACAUGUCAUCUGAAUUUUAAUGCCCCGAAUGGAUUCUGUGUACCACUCGGCGACAUCGCAAACGUCCUUGCCGCCCCAUCAAUACGCAAACUUACGCUGGUCGCCGCCGAUCUCAGGGAGUUCGAGCUCGAUCGCAAGACCAUCCGACUCAGGUCUUCCCCACUCCAGCAUCUGCGUCUAGAGAGCUGUAUCGUCUCCGAAUCAUCCCUCCGACACAUGUUGUCAAUACCACAAGCCUUGACCACUUUCUUCGAGUCAAGCGGGACCAACAAUCAGGACAACCACCUCUCCUUAGACCGACUAUACGGCCUCUCCCAAGCUCUUGCCAUGCACCGGUCUACGUUGAAAACUCUUUACGUGAACCCUCGAGAUCUUAGGUCCCUUUCAGAGUUCGAAAGCAGCGGUUCUAGGACAAUCACUUUCGCCCAUCUCACCUCACUUGUCAACCUCACCAUCGAUUUCCGAGACUGGCGCUUCGAACCAGGACCGACAUAUUUUCUCGAGCGAUUUCCCACUUCGCUCCGGCAUUUACAUCUCAAAGUAGACUUGUCUUACUACUCGAACCCAAUACCUGCUUAUUUCGCUUUUUGGACAAAUCGCAUACGUAGACGAAUGUACCGCUCUCGCCAUUCCAGACCGACUUUUCCACGCCUGGAGACGUUCGCCGUGGAGAUGAUGCAUAUCACGCCGAGCACUGUCAACAGCUCCCAGCGUGAUGACUUGGAAACAGCCGUAUGGCGACUCAAGCACGAUUUCAACGUCCGUGUGCGUAUCUAUCGAUGCACCAAGCAGCGGAACGCCGUGCCGCCAUAUCUAUGGGACGAGUAUGAACCAGAGCUAGUUUGUAUGCUUGACAGCAAUGUCAUGGAAGCCAGGAAUCUGUGGAAUACCCAGACCCUGUCGGAGAUCAAAGAGCUGGAACGCCUGGAGAGGGAAUGGCGGACUAGCCGAAUGAUCGAAUUGGAUCAACAACGAUUAGAGGGAAAGAGGCAGAGAAUGUUGGCUCAGGUUGAGAGAUGGGAAAUGGACGAGAUGCCGUGCGAGGCAGACCUAAAUGAGGCCUCGAGAGUAAUGUUGAUGGAGAGAGAUCGCAAGGCACGAGCCGCACUGGAUUUGUGGGAAGGACUGCCACUCGUGCCACCCGAGGGAGAGGAUGGCUGGUCCUUCGUACCGGCUUCGAGCCUGGUCUUGACCCACGCCAAACAAGAUUGUGGAAAGGCGGACGAGAACGAAAACGACGGUGUUGCAGGCCCCUCAAACCAAUCCAAAGACACUGUGGUCAACGAAGAAAGCAUGGAAGCAGCUGGCCCUUCUCUGCCGUCUGAGUGUUUAUCCUCAGAGAAAUCAGCACCUGUGGAUCAAGUCGGGACACCAAAGGGCCAAGAGCAAAACCACCCAAGCACUGGUGUCAGCGUUGACGAUACGAGCGCGGAUGACCAUCCUUGCCCAAGCGUGGUAGAAAUCUCGGAUCAGCCUGCAACAAACCUGACGCCAUCGGCCAAUCCUUCAAGUAGCCCCUUCACGCUUAGUGCAGAGGCCGCCUGCCCAAAAGAACAAGGCCAAGGUAUAAACGAGGCCGGUUUAGCACCUCCAGAAAAUAAGCAAAGUCCAUCGCCAGAAUUUACACCAACAUACGAAGACUCGUUCAGCGUGGCGGCGGACUCUUCUCCAUCGAAAGAAAAAGAGACGCCACCUACAACCGCCAAAGGCAAAGACGUCGCUGAAACGGAUUGCAAGCGCGAGAAACAGGAAGGGAAACUGCCUGUCAAAGACAAUAAGGACAAGGAUGUAACGCCUUCACAGGAAGUCGACCUUGCUGUGGCUGUGGCUGUGGCUCUGGACCCGGGGCCAAGCUUGAAACAGGCGCCGCCGUCUGUGUCACCCGCGCCGGCCGUAGCUGGAGCAGAUGCUGGAGCGGUCAUUGUUAGUUGA